AUGGACCCAAAUGGGUUCAGCGAUCCAUACGUGAAGCUGCAGUUGGGAAGGCAGAGGUUCAGGACUAAAGUUGUAAAGAAGUGCUUGAACCCAUCAUGGUGUGAGGAAUUUACUUUCAAAGUUGAUGACUUGAAGGAAGAGAUUGUAAUUUCUGUAUUUGAUGAAGAUAAGUACUUAAUCGAUGAUUAUAUUGGGUAUAUCAAAGUGCCUAUUAUACGGGUUUUCGAAGCCCAUGAAAAAUCCCUUGGAACUUCUUGGUACACAUUGCAGCCUAGGAAUAAGAAAGCCAAGAAUAAGGAUUGUGGUGAAAUUCUUCUCACCAUAUGCUUCUUGCAAAAUAAUUCAUUGUUGGACUUGCCGUCUGGUGGUGAUCCUGUGUCAUCACCAAGGAAGUCUUUUGAUAUAGCAAUGGACUCUCCUUUGAGAUCUUCCCCAUUGAGAUCGUUCUCACCAAUGAGAUCUGAAGAAGUUUCAACUUCUAAGGAGGACAAGUCACAUCCGUCAACUGUAGCACAUCGAAUUGCCCAAAUAUUCAACAGAAAUGUUGAUACAAUGCCCACUAACUCAGCCGAAUCACCAAACGUGACAGAAUUAUCAGAAAGUAUAAAUCCGGUUGGUUUGGGGACCAAGUCUGAAGAGCAGUCCUCAUUUGGAAAUUUUGAAGAAGCAAUGAAAAGCUUGGAGAUGAGAGAACAAGGAGGUGAAGUUCCUAGUAAUUUACCUGGUGGGAUAGUUAUCGACCAAGUGUACGCAAUUGCACCACGUGAAAUGAACUUGUUACUUUUUUCACCUGAGUCAGACUUUUUGAAGUCCCUAACAGACAUGCAGGGAUCCACUGAGUUGCAAAUAGGACCUUGGAAAUUUGAAAAUGGUGGCAACAGCUUAAAAAGAGUGUUUACUUAUACUAAGGCCGCAAGUAAACUAAUUAAGGCUUUGAAAACUAUUGAGGAGCAAACAUAUUUGAUUGCUGACGGGAAGGCCUAUGCAGUUUUAUCCAGUGUGAGCACUCCAGAUGCUCCAUAUGGGAAAAGUUUUAGGGUAGAAGUGCUUUACUGCAUAACACCGGGACCUGAGCAGCCCUCCGGAAACCAGUCUUCUCAAUUGGUAGUUUCAUGGCGUGUUAACUUUUUACAGAGUACUAUGAUGAAAGGUAUGAUUGAAGGUGGAACACGACAAGGUAUAAAGGAAAGCUUUGAGCAAUACGCAAAUCUGUUAUCUACUAAAGUAAAUCCUGUUGAUGUUAAGGACAUAGGUUCGGAGAGGGAUCAACUUUUGGCAUCUCUUCAGGUGGAGAGCCAGUCAGACUGGAAAUUGGCUGUUCAGUAUUUUGCUAAUUUUACUGUAAUUUCAACUUUUCUUAUGGGGUUGUAUGUGGUCAUGCAUAUCUGGCUGGCAAUGCCUAGCACAAUUCAGGGACUUGAGUUUGUUGGAUUGGACUUGCCGGAUUCCAUUGGCGAAUUGAUUGUAUGUGGAGUGUUGAUUUUGCAAGGCAAAAGGGCCCUUGAGUCUGUUUCACGCUUCUUGCAGGCUAGAGUGCACAAAGGCACCGACCAUGGGAUCAAAGCACAAGGGCAUGGUUGGUUGCUAACUGUUGCCUUAAUAGAAGGAAGCAAUUUGGCAGCUGUUGAUGCGAGCGGGUUCUCUGACCCCUAUGUUGUGUUUACUUGCAAUGGGAAAACGAAAACCAGCUCUAUCAAGUUCCAGAAAGCUGACCCUCAUUGGAAUGAAAUCUUUGAAUUUGAUGCAAUGGACGAUCCUCCAUCAAUGUUGGAUGUGGAAGUUUUUGAUUUUGAUGGACCCUUUGCUGAAGCUACAUCUCUUGGACAAGCUGAAAUCAAUUUCUUGAAAUCUAAUAUAUCAGACUUGUCAGACGUUUGGAUUCCACUUCGAGGAAAGUUAGCUCAGGCAUGCCAGUCGAAGUUGCAUUUAAGAAUCUUUUUGGAUAAUACCCGGGGUAGCAGUGCUGUCAAAGAUUAUAUAACUAAGAUGGAGAAGGAGGUGGGAAAGAAGAUACGGUUGCGAUCUCCUCAAACAAAUUCAUCUUUCCAGAAACUCUUUGGGCUUCCCCCAGAGGAAUUUCUCAUCAAUGAUUUUUCUUGUCACUUGAAGCGCAAAAUGCCUCUCCAGGGCCGUCUGUUUCUGUCAGCAAGAAUAAUUGGGUUUCAUGCAGAUAUAUUUGGACAUAAGACAAAGUUUUUCUUUCUCUGGGAAGACAUAGAAGACAUUGAAAUCAUUCCUCCUACUUUGUCGUCAAUGGGCAGUCCAAUCAUCAUCGUGACCUUAAGGCCAGGCAGAGGUUUCGACGCACGGCAUGGAGCAAGAACACAGGACGAGGAAGGCAGGCUGAAGUUUCAUUUCCACUCUUUUGUGUCUUUCAAUGUGGCGAACAGGACAAUCAUGGCACUAUGGAAGGCAAGGGCAUUGACUCCUGAGCAGAAGGUACAAAUAGCCGAAGAAGAAUCUGAAGAUAAUAGCCUCGAAACAUCUGAAGAGGAGUCCACGGCCAAAAACCUCCAAGGUAGCCUCCAACCAAUAGACGAAGAAUCUGAAGCCAAAGGCCUUCAAACUGAGGAGGCUGGCUCCUUCUUGGGUGUCGAGGAUGUUAAUAUGUCUAUUGUUUAUUCCUCGAUCCUCUCUGUUCCAACUAGCUUCUUUAUGGAGCUAUUCAGAGGGAGUGAAAUCGACCAAAGGGUCAUGGAGAGAGCUGGAUGUUUCAAUUAUACUCACAGCCCUUGGGAAUCUGAAAAGCCUGAUGUGUAUCAGAGGCAACUUUAUUACAAAUUUGAAAAGCGUAUAUCCCGUUAUGGAGGUGAAGUGACUAGCACUCAGCAAAAGUCUCGUCUUCCGAGUAGAAAUGGUUGGCUCAUAGAAGAGAUCAUGACACUCCAUGGGGUUCCACUGGGUGAUUAUUUCACUCUUCAUUUGAGAUAUCAGGUUGAAGACCAACCUUCUAGAUCAGUGGGAUGUAGUGUUCAAGUUUACUUUGGGAUUGCUUGGUUGAAAUACACCCGACAUCAGAAAAGGAUUACAAAGAACAUUACUUCAAAUCUUCGGCAGCGCCUAAUGGUCAUGUUCAGUUUACUGGAAAAGGAAUAUGUGUCUGGGGCUUAG